CUCAGUUGACGCUGAGGUGUGGUGAAAGGUGCAUUCACUUGCUGCUCUGAAUUGAAACCGCAAAGCCGUCGAGCAGGAAAAUCUCCUUGUUGCACACCCAUCUGCCAUAACACUGAAGUAGCUCGUGUUUGGAUUUAGUUACUUGCGCAGUUUACUCCAAAAGCCGUCAAAAUGAGCAAAAUCUCGAAAUUAUUCAAGGGGAGCUCCAGCUCGAGCUCUUCCAAGACCAAGCACCACCGGCCGCGUGGAGGACCUUCGCCUCAGGAGGCCAUCCACAAACUUCGAGAAACAGAGGAAAUGCUGACAAAGAAACAAGAUUACCUGGAGAAGAGGAUAGAGCAAGAAAUAAUGAUAGCGAAGAAGCAUGGGACCAAAAACAAGAGGGCUGCUCUGCAGGCGUUGAAGAGGAAGAAGCGCUUGGAGCAGCAGCUCACCCAGAUUGAUGGCACCCUCUCCACCAUUGAGUUUCAGAGAGAAGCUUUGGAGAACUCGCACACUAACACAGAGGUCCUGAACAAUAUGGGCUAUGCCGCCCAGGCCAUGAAGAAAGUCCAUGAUAACAUGGACCUUGGGAAGAUAGAUGAUCUGAUGCAUGAUAUAACAGAGCAACAGGAUGUGGCUCAAGAGAUCAGCGAUGCUAUUUCCAGACCUUUUGGCGAGACAUUUGAUGAGGAUGAGCUGCUAGCCGAGCUGGCAGAGCUGGAACAGGAAGACAUGGAGGACAGCAUGAUGAGUAUGGGCGGACUACCCAGUGUGCCUAGCUCCAAACUACCUUCAGCACGGCCCAGUCAGCGCGCGACAACCAAGAAGAAGGCUGAAGAUGAGGAUGACAUGCAUAUGCUGGCAUCAUGGGCAAUUUGAGUACAUGAAUCCAGCCUUACACUCACUGGAAGUGAUAGAGAUGUUAUUUUUUUGGAAGAUUUUUAAUUAUUUUAACGGCAAAUGAAGAACAUCAUAUUAUGUUAAAAAACACCCUUUGUCUGUCUUUAACCUUAUAAUGCAAUUAAUUGUCAUGAGUAUGGGCUUUUUCCCAAAUUGGUAUUACAUUUUUUUUCCAACACGUUAUUGUUUGCUACUGCUGUGUAGAAAGUGUGCAUCCGGUUUCCCACUCAAGGAAAUAGUGAAGUUAACGCCCAAAAGGAAUAUCACCCCAAUUUAAUAUGCUUUCCUUAAUUUACUGCUUCUUUUAUUUUUAUUUGUACCUAACCUGAGCAUCUAAAGCCCAAUGAAGACAUAAAGAGGACCGAGAUGUUUUUAACAUGGUGAACAAAAUGCCUUUUGUGUGUGUGUCAGACCACUGUAAAUAAGCUGAGACAUUGCAUGAACAUUGUAAAAAUAUUGCUCUUCAAUUUUCAACAAUAAAAUCACUCCUUUAAUAGUA